AUGCAUGCAUAUUUGUGGCCUUCCUUGGUUGUCCGGAUCACAAGCAAUAAUAUACGUAUAUACCGUCUUUCAGCACCACCCACGUUUGAUGCGUCACAGAGCGAGAAAACCUUGAAGGUUAUAAUAGGGCAACCUGUGAACCUAAAAUGUCCCGCCAGAGGAUAUCCGCCACCAAAAAUAGUUUGGGCAAAUGAUCACGGCGAAGUACCAGGAAGCGACACUAUUAAAAUUUCGAAUGGCGGACAAAUGCUGGAAAUAAAGGAAUCACAGAUAGAACAUGCCGGCUCGUGGGUUUGCACGGCGGAAAACGAUGCUGGCGAGGAAAAACUGGAGAUUUUCCUAGAUGUCUGGAUCCCGCCUACAGUACACGUAAGCUCUGAUGCAGAUGCGAAAGUGAUAGGCGAUCCUGUAACACUGGUAUGCGAAGCAACGGGAAACCCUCCGCCUUCUAUUGAGUGGAGCAAGGAAGAACGACCCAUUAUCGAUCACCUAGACGGCAUACACUUCACAAAUGAAGGAGCUCGUCUGAACAUUGCUCAUUUGGAGAGUCACAAUGCAGGGAACUACACAUGCAAGGCCAGAAAUGAAGCGGGGAGUGCCGAAUCAACUGUGCUCGUGAAUAUUCUUGGUAGAUUCGUUACUGUAGGCGGGAAGAUAACUAAUAUAACUGAACAAGAUGAAGGGAACUACACUUGUGUGGCGCUGAACAGAGCGGGAAAUGACUCGAUGUUCUAUACCGUCGGUGUUGUACAAGCUCCUACGAUUCCUCCCGGUGGAGCGCAAUCAGUAGUAGAGGGGAAAAUGGCCAAUAUUGAAUGCGCUGCUGAAGGACAUCCUGCACCUGUCAUUAUCUGGUUGAGAAAUGGUAUACGCGUGGAAAGUGGUAUACAAGGAGUUCGCUAUGUCACCGAGAAUAAAGUGCUCACUAUUACUGAAGUACGUAGUUCCGAUUCUGGCAUUUAUGUGUGCGAAGCGAUGAACGAGGCAGGAACAGCGCGACAAGCGUAUACCCUUGAGGUAUUGGUUUCACCAAAAAUCGUAUCCGUUUCUGCGUUGAAGAACUCAGUAGCGCUCGGCUCACCUUUCUCUCUGAAAUGCGGUGCUCGUGGCUAUCCUAAGCCAACAAUUUCAUGGUCCAUCAACGGUGUAUCGCUUGAUGAAUCAGUGGAUGGGAUUGUCAUCGGAAGCGACGGAACCUUGACGGUGAAUUCGGCUUCUGGUGAUGCUCCUCGCAUCUACAAGUGCACUGCAAAGAAUGACGCUGGUCAAGAUGAAGUAUCGUAUGAGAUAGGCAUGUUAAGUGCUCCUAUCGUGAAGGGAGGAUUUCGAACUGUUAACUCAUCAGAAGGUGAAUCAACAAUGCUUAACUGUGACAUUGAUGGCGACAAGUACAAAGUUCAUUGGUUCAAGGUAUAA